AUGGAUCAGCAACGAUUCCUGCAGCAAUUGCAGGUUGUCCUGAACCGUAAGUCUGUCCUCCUUGCUGACUCGAGAAAUGCAAGCUCACCCUUUCUCCUCCCAGCCACCCAGGGAAAUGUCAAGGAGGCCACCGGCAUCCUGCAGAAGGAGUUCUACACUCAACCGGACUCUCUCGUCCUCCUCAUCCAGAUCGCUACCGGCCAUGAGGACCCCAACUUCCGUCAGCUUGCUGCUGUCGAGGGCCGCUCCCACGUUCACAAGCACUGGGUGAAGAUAAACGCUGCCCAGAAGCCCGAAAUCCGUCAGCAGCUGCUCCGCUCUUCCAUGAGCGACAGCUCCUCCCUGGUCCGCCACUCCAUUGCCCGUAUCAUCUCGGCCAUUGCCAAGAUUGAUCUGGAGGAUGGGGAGUGGGCUGACCUGCCCAACCUGCUCCUGCAGGCCGCGGAUGGCGGCAACCAGGACGAGCGCUCGGUGUCCAUCUACAUCCUGUUCACCAUCCUCGAGACUCUGGGCGAGGGAUUCGAGGAGAAGUUUGCCGACCUUUUCAAGCUGUUCGGCAAGACCAUCCAGGACCCCGAAAGCGCCGAGGUCCGCAUCAACACCCUCCUUGCUCUAAGCAAGCUGGCCAUGCACCUCGACUCUGAGGAGAGCCUUCCCCCUGUCAAGGCCUUCCAGGAACUCGUCCCUUCCAUGGUUGCCGUUCUUAAGGACUCCAUCUCGCAGGGUGAUGAUGACCGCAUCAUGCAGGCCUUCGAGGUCUUCCAGACCCUUCUCGGCUGCGACCCCGCCCUCCUGACAAUCCACCUCAAGGACCUCGUUGUUCUGAUGAACGAUAUCUCUGCCAACACUGAGAUCGAUGAUGACACCCGUACUCAGGCCAUCAGCUUCCUGAUGCAGGCUGUUCAGUACCGCAAGCUCAAGAUCCAGGGUAUGCGCAUCGGCGAGCAGCUGACCCGCACCGCUCUUCACAUAGUGACUGAGCUGGACGAUUCUCCCAUCGAUGACGAGAUCACUCCUGCCCGCUCUGCGCUUGGCCUUCUCGACAUGCUCGCCCAGAGCCUGCCCCCCAGCCAAGUUGUUGUUCCUCUGCUCCAGACUCUGGGCCAGUACUUCAACAACAACGACCCCAACUACCGCCGUGCCGGUAUCAUGGCCCUGGGCAUGUGCGUCGAGGGUGCUCCCGACUUCAUCAGCACCCAGAUGCAGGAGAUCUUCCCCAUGGUUCUCCAGCUCCUGGCUGACUCCGAGCCCAAGGUCCGUCAGGCCUCUCUCCACGCCGUCGCCCGUCUGGCCGACGACCUGGCCGAGGACCUCAGCGCUGAGCACGCGCGCCUGAUGCCCCUGCUCUUCAAGAACCUUGCUAGCGCCAUGCAAGAGUACAACGGCGAGGAGGACGGCCCCACCAUGGACAUCAUGAAGGCCGGCAUCAGCGCCAUCGAUGCCGUUGUCGACGGCUUGGAUGAGAAGGACGUUGCUCCUUACCAGGCUGAGCUCGUCCCCAUCCUUCACAAGCUCUUCAAGCACCCCGACUUCAAGAUCAAGGCUCUUGCCGCCGGUGCUCUUGGCUCCCUCGCCUCGUCAGCCGGUGACUCCUUCCUGUCCUUCUUCGAUGAGUCCAUGCACCUCCUCCAGGAGUUCGCUACCGUCAAGGACAGCGAGGAGGAGCUUGACCUCCGUGCUAGCGUGACUGACGCGAUGGGUGAGAUGGCUGCUGCCGCCGGCCCCGAGCGUUACCAGCCCUACGUUGAGCCUCUCAUGCGCGCCACCGAGGAGGCUCUCCACCUGGGCCACUCUCGCCUCAAGGAGAGCACCUACAUCUUUUGGGGUGCUAUGGCCAAGGUCUACUCCGAGAACUUCUCUCCUUUCCUGGACGGUGUUGUCAAGGGCCUCUUCGCCUGUAUUGAGCAGGAUGAGACUGACCUUGAGGUUGAGCUUGGUGAUGCUGCCAAGGACCUCGUUGGCCAAGAGGUGACCGUCGCUGGUCGCAAGGUCAAGGUUGCUUCUGCUGACGACGACGAUGACGUUGAGGGCGAAAUCGAGGAUGUCGACAUUGAGGACGAUGAGGACGCUUGGGAUGACAUUACUGCCACAACCCCUCUGUCCCUGGAGAAGGAGAUCGCUGUUGAGGUUAUCGGUGACCUGAUCACCCACACCCGCAGCUCCUUCCUGCCCUACUUCGAGAAGACCAUCGAGCAGGUCAUGCCCCUCGCUGAGCACCCUUACGAGGGUGUUCGCAAGAGCACCAUCAGCACUCUGCACCGCUCCUACGCCAUGCUGUUCACCAUUGCCGAGGAGAGCGGCCAGAUGCCCAAGUGGCAACCCGGUCUACCUCUGCAGGUCCAGCCCGCCAAGGAGGUCAAGAAGUUCGGCGAAAUCCUCAUGACUGCCACCGUCAAGAUGUGGACUGAGGAAGACGACCGUGCUACCGUCGCGGACAUCAACCGCAACAUGGCUGAGAAUCUCCGCUUCUGUGGUCCCGCCCUCAUCGCCAACGAGACCAUGCUGCACAACGUGAUCCAGAUGGUUACCGACAUCAUCACCAAGCAGCACCCCUGCCAGCUUGAGUUCGGUCCCGAGGAGGAGACCGCCGAGGCUGGCGAGGAGACUUCCGAGUUCGACUGGGUCGUCGUUGACACCGCCCUUGAUGUCGUCUCCGGUAUGGCCGCCGCUCUUGGCUCCAGCUUCGCUGAGCUCUGGAAGGUCUUCGAGAAGACCAUCCUCCGCUACGCCAGCAGCAGCGAGUCCCUGGAGCGUGCCACCUCCGUCGGUGUUCUUGCCGAGUGCAUCAACGGUAUGGGCGGUGCUUGUACCCCUUUCACCUCCACCUUCCUGAAGCUCCUCCUUCACCGUCUCGCUGAUGAGGACCCUCAGACCCGCUCCAACGCCGCUUACGCCGUUGGUCGCCUGGUCGAACACUCGCAGUCCGAUGCCGAGCUGAUCAAGGAGUACCCCACCAUCCUCAGCCGUCUCGAGCAGUGCCUAGGCCAGAACGUCUCCCGUCUGCAGGACAAUGCCACUGGCUGCCUGAGCCGCAUGAUCCUCCGCAGCCACGAGAACAUCCCCACCAAGGAUGUUCUUCCCGUUCUGGUCAAGAUCCUGCCCCUCAAGAACGACUACGAGGAAAACGAGCCCCUGUACCGCAUGAUCUGCCAGAUGUACAAAUGGGAGGAUGCCACCAUCCGCGAGCUUACUCCCCAGCUGCUCCCUGUCUUCCAGGCCGUCCUGACCGGUGACGAGGACCAGCUCGAGGAUGAGCGCCGCAGCGAGCUCAUCGAGCUCGUCAAGUGGCUAAACCAGAUGCAGGCGGGUGCUGCUCCCUGGGUUGAGCAGUUGUAA